GUCCGCGCGCGACGCAUCGCGGAGCGGGUAGACUCGUACGCUCUCGUUCGCUCGGCGUUUGGCUCCGCGCGCGCGAAACCACCGGCGAGAAACACGUGCGUGCGCUUCGCAGCGGGCCCAGUGAAAGUGCGCGCGAUCUCGUCGGACGCGCGCGUGCCUCGCUCUCUCCGUCAAGCUCCGUCGUUUUUCCGCUCGGAAUCGCGAGUCUCCCCCUACGAGCGAAGCUCCCCACAAAUCGCGUCCCGUUAGGAUUUAAUCGGGCGUGAGUGUGUGCACGGUGCCUCGAUCGACGGCGACGAGGACGACGACAAGAGUGGAUCUCCUCGAGCACCGGAACUCUCUCUCUCUCUCUCUCCAUCUCGGAUCCCGGUGAGCACCGGCGGUGGAACAGGAAACGCCGCGAGUGCGCGGAGUGUGUCGGAGCCGUGUGCGAGGUGAAACCGACCGUGAGAGAUUCGGUCGCACGCACGCGACCACGAAGGAGAGGAGAGACACCGUGAGAGAGUGAAAAGAGUCCGUGCGUGGCGCCGGCGGACCGAUACAAGCGGCGUGUACGGCGCCCAACGUGUGGAAGCCCGGCAGAACCCGUUAAAUGAAUGUUGUUGCGGCGGGCGCUGGCGAUCGCGACGGGCAAAUCGAGGGGGCACGGCAGGAUCGCUCGAUUUAAAUUCAUAGAUGUGCGAGCGGAGGGGCCGACAAUGGUGGCCCGGCUUCCGCAACAAGUUCUGCUGCUGCUAGUACUCGUUACUGGAGCGUCCGCGGAGGUCACGGGGGAGACCGAGGAUCCGCGGUGGAGCACGUACAGCGCCCGGAAGACGAGUCGAUCCUCAUCGGCGCGAUCCUGGCCGUCCUCGAGUCUGGAGCACGCCGCGAGGGAGACCAGAUUCUCAAGCGGCAAGCACCCGGAAACCACCCCUUGGGGCGUAGAUAGGUCAAGUCCUGGGGCUCGAUCUGACCUGAGUUUCCUGGAAACGGUGACCGAGCGGUCCGAGGAGGACGAGGACGGGAGGAGGGUGCAGUCGUCGGGGAGAAAUGACACCGGGGACGCGAAGAUCGUACGGGCCAGCCAGUCCAUCUCCUCCAGGAGCGACGAAACGAACCAGACGGAUCCGUCCAAUCGGAUUUCCGUCGAGUCGUCGUCCCCGCACCCGUCGACGAUUGACCAUCGCUCCGCUCCCGGAAGGACGCUGUCUUCUGGAAGCUCUCACGACAUAGUACCGACGCCCGAGACACGACCAUCAACCGGGACGUUCGCGCGCGAGGGCCUGAAAAACACGACGGCGCCGUCCAUGAAAGCCGUCACGAUGCCACGACGUCACAUGAGGCACGCUCUAGACACCUGCGAGAAGUUCCAGAUCGGGGAUGACGCGAAAGGGGAAUUUUAUAGUCCAAAUUAUCCCGACCCGUACCCAAACCACAUUGACUGUGUUCGAGUCUUGGAGGCUGAUAAAGGUAUGCUGCUGAAGCUCGACUUCCGGGACAAGUUCAAGAUCGAAGACAGCCCGAACUGCCAUUUCGAUUUCCUCGAGGUACGUGACGGCCAGCACGGCUACUCUAAUCUCCUCGGCAACUUCUGCGGCCCGAAUUUCCCCCCCGAGAUCACGUCGAAGACUCGCUACCUCUGGCUGCAUUUCCACAGCGACGAGAACAUCGAGGGCGAGGGCUUCAGAGCAGUGUGGACCAUGAUACCGAGACCGACCCAUCCGGGCGUACCACCGGAACCAGAACCGUGCAUAGUUAACGUGACGGGUAUGCAGGCGAUAAUUCAAAGCAAGGACGUCGAAGAGAGGAAGAACCUGGCCGACAAAGAGGGAGUCGCUUUGGACUGCAUGUGGGUCAUCCGAGUGCAAGAGGGAUGGAAGAUCCAGCUGACGUUCGACAGUUUCAAGCUACAGCGGCCGAACGAGUGCGAAGCCAACUUCGUGGACAUAUUCAAGGAGCGCACGGACAUGUCCUCGAGGGAGAAGAAUUUCUGCGGCAGCAUCGCCGACACCGUCGUACUUUCCAACAACAUCGCCCACAUGAGGUUCUACGCCGAGCCGAAAGCCGCCAACAGCACUUUCGAAGCGGUAAUGACCGCAGUCAGGGACAAAGAGAGCGGUGAGAGAUCAUGCAAGGAAAACGAGUACGACUGCGAGGAUGCUACGUGCAUCGCCGCGGAAUUGCAGUGCAACGGGAGGGGGAACUGUCGCUUCCGGUGGGACGAAGACGACGCGACGUGCAGCAAGAAGAAGGCACGGUUGAUCGAUUCGCAGCACAUCGUCAUAAUCCUCGUGGUUUUCUCCCUAAUUAUGUUUGGCAUGAGCUUCGCCUUCGUCUUCAACUGCGUCCGGAAGCUCGUCCGCGAUCAUCGCAUCAUCCAGGAGCACAUCCGGCAGUCCCGGGAGAACCGAUUGGACGAGCUGGGUCGCAAGUCGACGCCGUGUCCGAUCUCGGCUUCCCGCACAGACCUGCGCGAUCGCGGCAGCGAGUCGCCGAGCUUGGAGGUGCUGCCUAGCAAGGAGCUCAUGCCACCGAGCACGAUGAUACCUCAGGAAUACACGAAGGAGCUCGUCCUCGAGAUGGCGUACAACGCGGGCGACAUCACCGACAUCCACCAGAGCAACAACGUGAGCAACGCGACGCAGGAGCGGCUGCAGGAAAGCAGCGAGGAGCCGGAGAUGCGCGACAAUUGCUGCCAGACGAGGGAGAGCCUGUUCGAGCCGCGCAUGCCGGACGCGGUAGCGCCGUUGGGCUUCACGACCUUCGGUGUACGCGCGGCCAGCUCUCAGAACGGGACCAAUCAUCACCACUACCACCACCACCACCACCAUCACCAGAGCCCUCAGAGGUCUCACCAGAGCGUUCAGCUGUCGGGCUCGCAGCCGAGCUCGCAGAUCUCCCAAUGCUCCGGCUGCAGCCCGGCGUCCCGCGGGAGGGACGGCAGCAUGGGCGUCUGCCCGAAGCACAACCCCAUACCGGCGCCGCCCGGCUGGUCGACUCACGAGUCCAGCUACCCACUGCCCAUGGCGCAGCCCGGCCAGUACCCGGAGCAGCUGGACUACCCGUCGUACCAGAGGUUCCAGAGCCCCAAGCCCAGCAGAGAGCCCAGCGUCUACCGGCAGUCGCCGAAGCUCGCGCGGCAGACCACCGUCGGCUCCGGCGAGAGGUACGGCAGCUCCGUCUACGGGUCCGGGCACGGGUCCAGCAACACCACGACCUCCAGCUCGCAGCAGUCCGCCGGCACGCCGAAGCGCGGCCAGCCGGACCCGCGGUAUCGCGCGGAGGCGGUGAUCGAGGUGGACCAGAGGCGGCCGUUCAGCAUAGAAAGCACCAAGAGCGCCCCGGACGUGAUCGCGACGCACUGACGUCGGAGUCCUGGGGAUUGGGAGCCCUACAAGAGACGCCAUCCCCGUCAGAACGCGAACGAGCGGCACCAGCCGGCGGCUCGCGGCAACAAUGGGAACAAAGUGACCGUCGGCACGCAGAGCUCCCUCGACGACGACGCCUCCACGAGCUCGACCGUCGACGCCAACUCCUCCUCCUGAUGCACGUGUCGCGAGACGCCGGGGAGGGACACCAGCCGGUCUCCCGCGGAUCACCCGCUCGCCGAGAGGAACGCCCGAGUGUCGGAGGGAUCCGCGACGGGUGAGGAUUCGCUCGACGCGGAGACCCGCUCGGCUGCGCUCGGCUGGACGACGGAGUCUCCGAGGCGGGCCGAGGCGGCCUUGAAGCUGCACGACCUGCCGAUCCUGCGCCCGCCGGAGGGCUUCCGGGUGCCCGUGUUCAGGUGUAGGACGCCGUCCCUGUCCUGGCAGCACUGCGGCUGCCCUUCGCACACCCACCUGCCGCCGCGGCGAUCCUCGACCACCUGGAGUGCCUUCGAGCGAUGCGGCGUCGAGCCCGUCUACCGGACAUGGCCUAAUCGAACCGCGAGGAGGUUCGCCCGGCCGUCCAGGAGGACGGUCGGCACUCAGAGCUCGUUGGACGGCGCCAGGUCCAGCCUCGGCUUCCUCCGCUGCGUCGUCCGGUCGAUCGACAUGACCGAGGGAUCCUUCGACCGGGAGAUCGGGGCCUCCAUACCUUUUUAGGCUUCGCGUUACCCUACCAGGGCUCGACCACGCUCUCACGUGUUCCCAUUCUCACGUCGGCCGCGUCGAUCUUGUAUAUAGCCGCGUCAGCGAUUACCCCGGUAAACGACGGUGACGACUGCAGCCGGUUCGCUGUUGAUACCAGCGUGUUUCUUUCCUCCUUCCUUUACGAGCUUCCUUUACGGCAGGUGACAAGUAAAAGGGAGUAUCGCGCCGAUUCAGGUAAGUGCGCGACGUCCCGACGAUAUCACGCGAACGGAUUCACGCGAAGCCGCAGACCGCAGCCGGAGACCGCUCGAUCGCUCACCGGAAUUGUGUAUCUCGCCACGUGAACGUCGUCGUCGUCGACAAUCGCUGCCUUUCAUCGCUAUCUGCGCGCGACGAGCCGGGUAAAACGGGGAAAAGAAGAGCGAAAGA